CAUUACAAUACUAACCUUUGGGGUGAACGGCCAAAAUCAAAAUGCAAAUUGACGUCUGUUUUAUUUAUUUAAUUUUUAUUACGAUUCAUGGGAGUAUUAAAGCGCAAGUAGCAGAAACACCUUUAGAGCCUUCAAGAGGUGUUCCAACGGUAACCAUGGAUGGCGUAGCAACCGCGGGUAAAGACGGUGUACCGCUUGCAAGUAAGGACGAUGGUCUACCGGUGAGCGGCGUACCACCCGCGGUCAAAGACGGUGUACCGCCUGCAAGUAAGGACGAUGUUUCCUCGGUGAGCGGCGUACCACCCACGUUCAAAGACGGUGUACCGCCUACAAGUAAGGACGAUGUUUCAUCGGUAAGCGGCGUACCACCCACGGUCAAAGAUGGUGUACCGCCUGCAAGUAAGGACGAUGUUUCAUCGGUAAGCGGCGUACCACCCACGGUCAAAGAUGGUGUACCGCCUGCAAGUAAGGACGAUGUUUCAUCGGUGAGCGGCGGACCACUCGCGGUCAAAGAUGGUGUACCGCCUACAAGUAAGGACGAUGUUUCAUCGGUAAGCGGCGUACCACCCACGAUCAAAGAUGGUGUACCGCCUGCAAGUAAGGACGAUGUUUCAUCGGUGAGCGGCGGACCACUCGCGGUCAAAGACGGUGUACCGCCUGCAAGUAAGGACGAUGUUUCACCGGUGAGCAGCGUACCGCCCACGGUCAAAGGUGGUGUACCGCCUGCAAGUAAGGACGAUGUUUCGUCGGUGAGCGAUGUACCACCCGCUGUCAAAGACGGUGUAUUGCCUGCAAGUAAAGACGAUGUUUCAUCGGUGAGCGCCGUACCACCCGCGGUCAAAGACAGUGCACCGCCUGCAAGUAAGGACGAUGUUUCAUCGGUGAGCGGCGUACCACCUACGGUCAAAGACGGUGGACCGCCUGCAAGUAAGGACGAUGUUUCAUCGGUGAGCGGCGUACCACCCACGGUCAAAGACGGUGUACUGCCUGCAAGUAAGGGCGAUGUUCUACUGGUGAGUGGCGUAUCAUCCGCGGGCAAAGACGCUGUACCGCCUGCAAAUAAGGACGGUGUUCCAUCAGUGAGUGACAUACCACCCGCGGCCAAAGACGGUGUACCAUCUGCAAGUAAGGAAGAAGUUCCACCAGGAGGAAUGGGAAGUAUUCCCCCAGCAUAUGAUGAUGGCGUAACACCCGCUGGCGAGGAUGAACAACCAGAUGCGGUCACGGAAGGGAAAAGUGAAGUGAAAAAAAGCAAAAAAAGGAAAAGUGAAGCACGUGCACUUGAAGAAGAAAAUAAUGAUACUUCAGCCAAAAAACAUGACAAAAGUGCUGCAGCAAUGGACACGAAUACAUCAUCGACUGGAAGAAAUGUAGCCAUAUUAAUUGCGACAAUAAUCAUCGCUGCGGCGUUAAUAUGGGGCGUCAAAAUCAUUUAUCAGCGAUACAAGACCAAAACAUACGAUGUCAGAGGGCAAAACAUCGAACUUGGAGACGCUAAGUAAAACGUAUAUUAUUAUGGGUUGUUGAAUUAAGUCUUACGAAUGUCAAAACUUUUUACCCGCGUUAAUUCGAAGAAAAUCGUGCUAAAAUAUCUUUAAAUCAAUAUUGUGCAAAUCGGGAGAUAAUUUUUUGUAAUAUUUCCUAAGUUCCAUUUAUUAAGUAAGCGUCCAAAUCAAAAUUUGUAAAAGACAAAGUUUUUUUUUCAUAUAAUUGUUUUGUAAAUGAAGUAUUUUUCAUUCGUUAGGAUUCAUAUGAUUGGUUAGUAAUAAUGCAAUCAAAUAACUUUUUGUGGUCAUUAAUUCGUUGCCAAGUUAUUUUUAAAACUAUGAUAAUCUUAGAAAAAUUCUAAGAUAUACAUUGAAAUCAUGUUUAUGUCAUGUCAUGUCAUGUUUGUUCAAAAAGAAAUACUUGUGACGAAUAACGUGAUGUAUAAUAUCCGGUAACGUAUUGUAUAAUAUUCCGUGAUACAAAGUUUUUGGAUAGGUUUAAUCGUUUACGCAGCGCACGCAAAAGAAGUUCUCAAAAUAAGGGUAUAUUUUUCCCGCUUUUUAACAUGUCUUAUGAAUACUCAGCUUUUAUUGGUCGUAGCGUGGUGUUAUAUAGCUCAUUCUAUGUUAUAUAGCCUUUCUUGGUAAAUGGACUAUCCAAAACAAAAAUAAUUUUUGAUUCCGGAGCGGCAGUUCUUGAGGUUAACGCGUUUAAACAAACAAACAAACACUAUUCAGCGCUAUAAAUUAGUAUUGAUUUUAUUAAUUUUGGAGAAAGAUCCACAACAAAAAUGACUGUAUAGUGUU